UCCGUAGUUAACGGGGGCAGGAGCUGAACAUUCCAGAGGUAGUUUCUGGUAUCCUUUCACUAUAGUCCGAUUUCGACAAAGAAUGCCAUUGUAAGACUAAGUCCCAAGGUUACUAAAAUGAAACAAACGCUCUGCUUGUUUCCGUUUGCGGUGUUAGAGGCGUCGCCAUCCUUUGCUAGCUAAUAGUUAGUACUGCUGAAGGCCACAACAACUGUUUGUAAUUUUAUCCCCAGACAUCGAUGAAGAUGUUGGAAGCGACCGAAAUUUAAAACAGUCUACAGGCUCAUAGGAUAGGUAGAUAGCAAUGGCAGAUGAUAGCCAGUUACCGGAGUCCCGAGAGGGAUCUCCUGAUCAGCAGCCAGGGAGCGGAUCGUCUCGGGGCCGUGGGUGGAGUAUACGAAGGUCUGGAAUGCCAGACGAGGAACGCAGAAAUCGGCUGCAACGUAGACAUCAAUUCCGCGACCGACUAGACCCCGCAAACGAAUACAGACGGAGAGAGGAGACAGAAGAUGGAAAACCUGAUAUCGGUAAUUCAAACGCUGCACAGGCAACAUUUAAACAAGAGAGCAUCGAUGACCCAGUCCCGACGGAGGCUGAGGCCAUUCAGGAGCGGAAGCCUUGGGAGACACUUGUCAUUGGAAACCUUGGAGAGAAUCUGAGUUAUAUCGAAGAAAAAGAUCGUGCAAUUGAACAACAACGGUACAUCAUAAAAUAUCACCAAGAAAAUUCACCGCACGAAGUCGCACACAAUCAGAGAAUCCUCGAAAACUUAAUACAAGAGAGAUUGGAAUUGGCAGACAAUGAAGAAAAUAAUACGCCCCAAGAUAAGCGAGAAGAGAAGAACCGCAUCGGCGAACGACUAGAUUCUUUGAACUGGGCCCUUGAUACUUGCCAGUGUGAGGAUGAGGAAGUCAACAUUCGAGCUGCCAUCCAAGGGUACCAAUCUGGGGAGAUACCAUAUUCGAAUAAUUUCACACUUAUUUACGGUGGACAUAUCGUUGAUAUCUGUCCUUCAUAUCAGUCUUUCUGUAUAGACAGGCAGGAGAGGUUAGAUAGGUAUUUUGCGAGAUAUGGUCCCGGUUGGCUCUGGCAAGAACCUCCCUUGUCCGGCCCGGGCUUCGAAGCCAUGGCAAACAAGGCACUGUGCCUUACUCAAAAUGCGAAUAAGCAUAAUUACUUUUUCGGGACUUACGCGGUAAACAUGAAAUUUGCUGUUGACAGGAAACUAGUAAUGAGAAAGACACCUACAGGUUUCGUUCAAGGCGACCAGGGCUGGUGGCCGAACACUGAGGUUUCGUGUUGCUUCGAGACACUCCUCGAUAGCGGAGCCACUUUCCCCAGCUUACUUCUGAGCGAUCUCCAGCGCCUGAAUAUCGACUUGAAGUAUUACGCUGCGCAGGGCGUUACGAGGAUCCGAACGGUAUCUGAUAUUCAGGACCGGAGGCACUUCGAAAUGCGCGUCUCGGUAUGCUCAAUGGAUGGUGCAUCUCUCGUAGGGGAAGGCGACCAGGCAGUAUGGCCUAACGAACCUAAUUUUCUUGGAGGUUUCGUUCCGGUUUGGAUCAACGAAAGCAUGGUGGGCCCAGCAAAUUCCAGAAACCGCCUUAGCGGCAUGAUACCUUUUGAAUCAUGCUACAUAGGGUCGGCGCCGACUACGAAAGAAUUAUGGCUGGGGGAAGAUCGUAGAGAUGUGUUAGGUGCAAGACGUAUGCCAUCGCUCUUGCGAUACGAUACAGCGAGGCAACUCGGUUUGGUAUAUCCGAAGCACUUCCAAAAAUUGCGGGCAGAAGCAAAGACACCGGACCAAGUAGUAUUCAUCCAUAGCCUUGAUCCGGCAAAAGGUGAAGGAUCGGCUUUCGUCGAUGCAGACCGGUCUGGUACUCGUGGGAAGAGCGAGCUAGCAAUACUAGAUAGAGAAUUCGACGAAGCUAGGCAGCAGGUGGUUAUGAAAACACAGGAGAGCAUCAUCUUAGAGCCACGCACAGGAGAGCGGUGGGAAGUAAUGAAGGCGGAGCCCCUAUGGCGAGAGGAAUUCCUAACCUCGAAAGAUUUUGCGAAGCCGGGCUAUAUUGGCAUUGGAGAGAAGCGAUCAUAUGUGGAAGAAGACCCAACUCGGGAAAGGCCCAAACGCAAGUUUGGAGAUAAUUAAGAGGGAAAAGACAUGGCGAAACAAAAACCUGUAUUGUGUAGGUAAGCCAGGAGUGAUUUCGGCGUUUAUAGAUUCCUAGUUUAGCUUUAUUGUGUUGUUCAUUCUGCGUGCUAUAUACUAUGUAGUAGAUAUCAUAUGUGAAAAAAGGAAAAUGUAGACUACCCUUGCGUAGAAAAAGGAUGAAUUUCCUUCUCACGAACCCAGCUGCCUGGAUACUACAACAUAUGAAACUAUUGGGUCAUGGUUAGUAUAUUGGAUAUAUCUCCGCAGUUCGGUAGAUAGCUAAAACAGCGAUAGCGUUGUAUCUUUUCAUCCCUAAUUGGGUAUUAUGAAGACUCACUCAUCAAAAGCUGGUUUUCGCGACAUCCAGAUAGGCUAUGUGGUUGUGGUCAUCCAAGCCUGUCUAACUACGACGAUUGCUUACCAUUUAGGUAUAAUACUACAAAAGUAUGGGUGCGUGUGUGCGCCGUAGUAUUGAUACUUGUUCUAAAGGAUCCUACAGCGCAGGUGUGCUCAUCUCCGGCUGUUGAUUGAUUUAGUACAGGCUCCUGGGGAGAACGAGGAAAAUUUUCGAUUGACCAGAGUGAGCUCAGAUGUUUGCAAAGUCUUUUUUAUCUAACUCAAAACGGAUGAGGAGGCGUACGGCUAGGGGAUGGCUUGCAGAAAUUGAUCACUCAUUGCAGGGUUUGUAGUGGAAAAGGAGAA